GCUCGGUUCGGAGCGCGAUGAUUGGCUGGACCCACCACGCGGAGCGAAGGGGCGGUACUUGAGGCACCCGAUCGGAGGUGACCGGCUGCAUUCUCAGUUCUGGUGGAGUCGGUCGCAUGUGGGCGCUUCGUUCGCUGCUGCGGUCCGCGGCCGGUCGCACCAUGUCGCAGGGAUCCGCCCGCCGCCAGCGGCCGCCCAAGGACCCGCUGCGGCACCUGCGCACGCGGGAGAAGCGCGGCCCGUCGGGGUGUCCUGGGGGCCCGAACACCGUGUACCUGCAGGUGGUGGCGUCCGGCGGUCGGGACGCGGGCGCCGCGCUCUAUGUCUUCUCCGAGUAUAACCGGUAUCUCUUCAACUGUGGAGAAGGCAUUCAGCGACUCAUGCAGGAGCACAAGUUGAAGGUUGCUCGGUUGGACAACAUAUUCCUGACACGAAUGCAUUGGUGUAAUGUUGGGGGAUUGUGUGGAAUGAUUCUUACUUUAAAGGAAACUGGGCUUCCAAAGUGUGUACUUUCUGGACCUCCACAACUGGAAAAAUACCUAGAAGCAAUCAAAAUAUUUUCUGGUCCAUUGAAAGGAAUAGACCUGGCUGUGCGACCCCACUCUGCACCAGAAUAUAAGGAUGAAACCAUGACAGUCUACCAGAUCCCCAUAUAUAGUGAACAGAGGUAUGGAGAGCACCAGCCUUCGCAGAGUCCGGGAAGGCCUCUCAACAGACUCAGUCCAGAGCAGUCCUCAGACUGUGGAUUGACUAGAAACGAGCAGCACCUUCCUCAUGGUGUUAGCCAGAAAAGAAAUGGCAGGGACCCUUCCUUGGUGGUAGCCUUUGUCUGUAAGCUUCACUUAAGGAAAGGAAACUUCUUGGUGCUCAAAGCAAAGGAGAUGGGCCUCCCAGUUGGGACGGCUGCCAUCGCUCCCAUCAUUGCUGCUGUCAAGGACGGGAAAAGUGUCACUUAUGAAGGAAGACAGAUUUUGCCUGAAGAGAUUUGUACUCCUCCAGAUCCUGGUCUUGCUUUUAUUGUGGUAGAAUGUCCGGAUGAAGGAUUCAUUCAACCCAUCUGUGAGAAUGUCACCUUUAAGAGGUACCAAGGAAAGGCUGAUGCCCCUGUGGCCCUGGUGGUUCACAUGGCUCCAGAAUCAGUGCUUGUGGACAGCAGGUACCAGCAGUGGAUGGAGAGGUUUGGACCUGACACCCAGCACUUAAUCCUGAAUGAGAGUUGUACCUCAGUUCACAACCUUCGCAGUCACAAGAUUCAAACACAGCUCAACCUCAUCCAUGCGGAUAUCUUUCCCCUACUCACCAGUUUCCCCUGUAAGGAGGAAGGCCUCACCCUCAGUGUGCCCACAGUUCGUGGUGAAUGCCUCCUCAAAUAUCAGCUCCGUCCCAAGAGGGAGUGGCAGAGGGAUGCCAUUGUUACUUGCAAUCCUGAUGAAUUUGUAGCUGAGGCCCUGGAGCUUCCCAACUUCCAGGAGAGCGUGCAGGAGUAUAGGAAGAGUGUCCAGGAUGGCCCAGCCACAGCAGAUAAAAGAAGUCAGUAUCCUGAAAUCAUCUUCCUUGGAACAGGGUCUGCCAUCCCAAUGAAGAUUCGAAACGUCAGCUCCACACUUGUCAACAUAAGCCCUGACAAGUCUCUGCUCCUGGACUGUGGCGAGGGCACAUUUGGGCAGCUUUGCCGUCAUUAUGGAGAUCAGGUGGACAGGGUCCUGGGUACCCUCGCCGCUGUGUUUGUGUCCCACCUGCAUGCAGAUCACCACACGGGCUUGUUAAAUAUCUUGCUGCAGCGAGAACAAGCUUUGGUGUCUUUGGGAAAGCCAUUUUGCCCGUUGCUGGUGGUUGCCCCAACCCAGCUGAAGGCCUGGCUCCAGCAGUAUCACAACCAGUGCCAGGAGGUUUUGCAUCACAUCAGUAUGAUUCCUGCCAAGUGCCUUCAGAAAGGGGCUGAGGUCUCCAGUCCCACGGUUGAAAAGUUCAUCAGUUCAUUACUGGAAACGUGUAAUCUGGAAGAGUUCCAGACUUGCCUUGUGCGGCACUGCAAGCAUGCCUUUGGCUGUGCGCUGGUGCACACAUCCGGCUGGAAAGUGGUUUAUUCAGGUGACACCAUGCCAUGCGAGGCGCUGGUCCAGAUGGGGAAGGAUGCCACCCUCCUGAUACAUGAAGCCACUCUGGAAGAUGGUUUAGAAGAGGAAGCAAGGGAAAAGACACACAGCACAACCUCCCAAGCUAUCAGUGUGGGGAUGCGGAUGAACGCGGAGUUCAUCAUGUUGAACCAUUUCAGCCAGCGAUAUGCCAAGAUUCCCCUCUUCAGCCCUGACUUCAACAACAAAGUUGGAAUUGCCUUUGACCACAUGAAGCUCUGCUUUGGGGACUUUCCAACAGUGCCCAAGCUGACUACUCCACUGAAAGCCCUAUUUGCUGGCGACAUUGAGGAGAUGGAGGAGCGUAGGGAGAAGCGGGAGCUGCGGCUGGUGCGGGCAGCCCUCCUGUCCAGGGAGCCAGCAGGCAGCCCGCAGGAUAGGGAGCCCCAGCAGAAACGGGCCCACACAGAGCAGCCGCGGAGCCCACAGAGCCCACAGAACAAGAAGGUCAGAGCACAGUGAAGGUCUGUGAGUAAACUCUGAAGGCUCUGCAUCUUCACCCUGUGCACAGCACCCCUGGCUGCUGUCCUUGCUGUUGGAAGCUAGAAAGUACCAACCAACCAGGAGACAACUUGGGAUAGGUGGUGUGGAGUUGUGCCAUGGUGUGGGCUUCUGGACCCCCUGUGAUUGGUGCCUGGUACAUCUAUGGAAGAGGAAGCUGCUAAAUGGAAGAAAGCAGAGGUAACUGUAAUUCCAUUGAAAGGUGGUGUUAAAGAAAUCAGAGGCCAGCACCCCUUGCCUACUCCAGCAAAGUGAUUCCCUCUGCACGCCAGAGAUGGCUGACAGGGAAUCCUGGGUCUGAGUGUCCAAGGCGCAAGGAAUAGUAUUUCCAAAGAAAUGGCCACAAUAAAGAUUGAGUGUGGAGUCCUGA